GGUACUUAAAGAAGUUCUUCCACAAAGUUAAUCCACAGGCAAACAGGUGUUUGAUUAUACACUCCUUGUUUUCAUCUUGUGUUUACCACAACCUUUACUAGGGCAGCAUCAUGUCCUUCUCAAGUAGAUCCUAUGGAACCUAUGGAUACAGGGCUCUCAGCAUGUAUGGGGGAGCUGGGGGCCAAGGAGCUCGCAUCUCAACUUCAAGUCGUGGGUCUCUUUACGGAUCUGUCUGGGGCUUAAAUCUUGCUGACGGCCUUGAUCUCCACAUUUCAACCAAUGAGAAGGUCACCAUGCAGAAUCUGAACAAUCGUCUGGCUUCCUAUAUGCAGGAGGUGCAUUCUCUGGAGAAGAAAAAUGCUAAGCUGGAGAAGAACAUCGCAGAGUGGUAUGAAAGCCAUAAUAUCAUCUUCUGUGACCACACUGACUUCUUGGAAAAGGUCAAAGAUCUAAGAGAGCAGAUCGAGUACAUCACUAAGUGUAAUGCCAAGACUGUGCUUGACAUCGACAAUUUUAGACUGGCUUCUAAAGAUUUCCAAAUGAUGUAUGAGACUGAGAGAAACAUGCAUGUGGUGUUGGAGGAAGACACCACAUGCAUCAGAAAGGUUCUGGAUGAGAUGACCUUUUUCCGCUCAGAUUUGGAGCUGCAGUAUGAGAGCCUGAAGGAAGAGUUCAUCAUGCUCAAGAUGAACCAUGAACAGGAAAUGGCUGAGGUACGUGAGCAGGCUACCCAGGUGAAUGUGUCUGUGGAUGCAGCGCCCUCUACAGACCUUAACAAGGCCUUGUCAGAAAUCAGACAGCAUUAUGAGGCCCUGACUGCCAAAAACCGCAGCGACCUGGAAAUGUGGUUCCAGAGCAAGAUUUCCACUGUGGAGCAGGAUGUGGUCACGCACUCAGAGGAACUGCACUACAGUAAAACGGAACUCAAAGAGUUGAAGAGCACCUUUCAGACACUACAGGUUGAACUGCAGACCCACCACAGCAUGAGAAUGUCCAAUGAGGAAAGUCUUGCAGAGACUGAAGCUCAGUAUUCUGAACAGUUAGCAGAGCUGCAGAGAACUAUCAAUAACCUGGAGCUCCAACUCUAUCACAUCCACUCUGACAUGACCUCCAACAAAAGGGAAUAUGACAUACUCCUGGGCCUCAAGAAUCAUCUGGAGAGAGAGAUCACAGAGUAUAGAUUACUGCUGGAGGGAGAAAAAAGUGAGCACCAAAUUGCUCACAAGACAACUACCGUGGUAGAGACACUUGUGGAUUGAAAGGUGGUGGAAAGCACAGAGACCGUGACAACGGACGAUUGACAGAUUUGUUAAUUGAGCUGAUUGACACAAAUUUAUUAUUCAAAUCAAAAAGUAAAUCCAAAAUGUCACCUAAAA